AUGCUUCCCAGACUGGCCAAGUCGUCCUUAAUCCAACAGGUUCGCGGGGUAUCUGCAAUCGCAAAUGCCGAACCAUCUGGACCAAGCAUUCAGACGAGUAUUCCUGGACCAAGAUCGAAGGAAUUGAAACAGGAAAUGGAUAAAGUUCAUCAAACAACUUCUGUUCGUUUCCAUGUCGAUUAUGAGAAAUCAUUUGGAAAUUAUGUUGUCGAUGCUGAUGGAAACACUCUUCUCGACGUAUACACUCAAAUUUCUUCACUUCCAUUGGGUUACAAUCAUCCAGAUUUGGUGAAAGUAGCUUCUUCACCACAGCUGAUUACAUCUCUCGUAUCUCGUCCAGCUCUUGGAUCCUUCCCACGUACUGAUUUCGCUGAUGGAAUCUCUCACGCCCUGACUUCAAUUGCUCCAAAAGGAUUGAAGGCAGUUCAAACUAUGCUCUGUGGAACAUCUGCAAAUGAAAAUGCAAUCAAAACUGCAUUCAUUUGGUAUCAAGCUCAAAGAAGAGGAGGUCUUGGACCAGAUGCUCUUCACUUGGAGAGUUGUAUGACUCAGCAGAAACCAGGAACUCCAAACCUUUCAGUUAUGGGAUUUGAAGGAGCAUUCCAUGGAAGAUCUCUCUGUAUGCUUUCAGUUACAAGAAGUAAACCAAUUCAUAAGGUCGAUAUCCCAGCUUUUGACUGGCCAAUCGCCAAAUUCCCUCGUUACAAGUAUCCACUUGCUCAGAAUUCUGCUUAUAACAAGAAGCAAGAUCAAGAGUGUCUUGCUGACGUGGAAGCAAAGAUUGCUGAAUGGAAACGUCGUGAUAAUGACGUUGCUGCAAUUAUUGUUGAGCCAAUUCAAGCCGAAGGAGGCGACCAUUACGGUAGUCCAGCAUUCUUCCAAGGACUUCGUGAUGUUGCUGCUAAGCAUGGAAUCGUUUUCAUCGUUGACGAAGUCCAAACUGGAGGAGGAGCUACCGGUGAUGUCUGGGCUCAUGACCAUUGGAAUCUGAGCUCUCCACCAGACAUUGUCACUUUCUCGAAGAAAUUGUUGACUGGAGGAUACUUCUAUGGAGAACAUUUGAGAGUGAAGGAGGCUUACCGUAUCUACAAUACAUGGAUGGGAGAUCCAACCAAGUUGUUGCUUUUGGAAAAGGCUGUUGAAGUUAUCAAGAGAGAUGGACUGAUUGAACAAAGUAGAUCAGUUGGAGCUGAAUUCCAAAAGAGACUCGGAGAACUUCAAGCAUCUUCCGGAGGAAAGUUGGAUCAAGCAAGAGGAAGAGGAACUUUCGCAGCUGUUGACUUCCCAUCUGGAUCUUUGAGAGACAAAUUCGUUGAUUUGGCAAUCAGCAACGGACUUCACUGCGGAGGAUGCGGAGACAAGUCUCUUCGUUUCCGUCCAUCUCUCGUCUACACCAAGAAACAUUUGGAUUUGACAUUCGACCUUCUCGACAAGACUUUGAAACAAUUGUAA